GUAUCAAGUGUAUGUGGGUCUCUGCCUCACCCUCACACACUUGCCGGUCCUCUUGCAACUCUUCUCGGGAUCCCUGGGUCCCUUUCCUCGGUGACAGGCUCCCCACACCAAGCAGUCACCAUUUCCGCCCCCGGGAGACCCACGCUGGCAGCGCAGCCCCUUCCCCGACUCAGCAUCGGGAGGAAGACCCUGGUGGCGGCUGCCGUAGGGGUUAUGCUCGUCCUGGUGCUGGUGGUCCUCAUCCCGGUGCUCGUCAGCUCUGUGGGUACAGAUGCCAGCCACUAUGAGAUGCUGGGCACCUGUCGUAUGGUGUGUGACCCCUACCUGAACAAGGGCACUCCAGCCAGCAGCACCAGCUCCACCGGUCUCCAGGCUGAGGCAGAGGCAUUGAGCGACCACAGCAACGUACUUCCACCCUCCACCUUACUGCAGGGCCCACAGGGGAAGCCUGGCAGGCCAGGCAAGCCGGGACCACCCGGACCACCAGGAGAACCGGGGCCACCAGGUCCAGCGGGGCCUCCUGGUGACAGAGGAGAUCAGGGAAGGACUGGGAUUUUGGGUCUGGGGGGGAACGGAGCUAUCAGCACGGCUACCUACAGCACAGUGCCUCGGGUAGCCUUCUAUGCAGGGCUUAAGAACCCCCACGAAGGCUACGAGAUCCUCAAGUUUGACGAUGUUGUCACCAACCUAGGCAACAACUAUGAUGGCAUUUCGGGCAAGUUCAUCUGCAGCAUACCUGGCACAUACUUCUUCAUCUACCAUGUGCUGAUGAGAGGAGGGGAUGGCACCAGCAUGUGGGCAGACCUCUGCAAAAAUGGCCAGGUUCGUGCCAGCGCCAUUGCCCAAGACGCUGACCAGAACUAUGACUACGCCUCCAACAGCGUCAUCCUCCAUCUGGACGCAGGGGACGAGGUAUACAUCAAACUGGAUGGAGGCAAAGCCCAUGGAGGCAACAACAACAAGUACAGCACCUUCUCUGGCUUCAUCCUCUACGCAGACUGAGAACAGACAGACACAAAGACAGUCAGACAGAAAGAGAUUGAGAGAAAGAGUUGUACACCAGGGGGGUGGUGUGUGUGUGUGUGUGUGUUAAAAGCUGGAAUGCUUUCUAGUUUUCCUAAUUCUCUCCAUCAUCACGGACACCUCUGCUUCAUAUCCAUCAGCAAACAGACAUCCAGGCUGUGUAGCAGAGCCUGGAUGCAAAGCUCCUGAGGACACACUGAGAGGGGCCGGGCGGGAGGCAUGGGAGGAGUGGGAUGUAGGGUGGAGGUGGGCUGGUUUUUCUGCACUCCUCGUCAGGAUGCCGACGUGUCAGAAGCUCCUCGCUUUCAGUGUCUCUCCUCUUCAGACCUGCUCCAUUGCACAGAAGUAUCAAGAACAAUGAAAACCCUGCAAAAGUGGAUGAUCUCACCUCCUCUCUCCACAGCGGCAACAGUCACCUGUACUGUCAGUGGACUCAAUUGACUGAAACUCGUAGUGUUGUUCCAUGCAAUUUUCCUUAGAUUGUGUUUUAAUUUUGUAGACAUGCAUAAUACUCUACACAAAUGAGAUUUAAAAAAAGUAUAUAUUUGUCCCUUGUGAAAAUAUUCUGUUUGACUGAGAGAACGGAUAUGUGAGAUGUUAUUUGUGAUGCAGCUCAGAGAUCUAACAGCUGGAAAAUAAUUCUUUAAAUCAAGACCGUCAGUAUUUAAUGGCAGUGGGUGUUUUUCUUCAUCACUGGGUACAGCAAGGUAACUAUAUAUUGUUCAUGUGGAGAAUUAUACAUUCUGCACUGUACCUUCCAAUGUAUCUGAAAAAGGAAACAUCUCAUAUAGACAAUACCCUUUCCACAAAGCACCUCACGCUGUUCCGCACACACACAAUGUCCUGCUGCUGUUUGGAUUAAAAGUAGAGUUCAAAUUG